UUUUGACACAUUAAUUAAAAAAUAAAAAUAGAACUAAUCAUAACCUAGCCACCUGGCCUGGAUGGCUAAAAACAGAUGAUUUUAGAGUAAUUAGUAGUAGUUUAAUGUCUGGGACGUUGAUCUAUCUAUGGAAAUUGAGAAUUAUAAGUAGAGUAUAGACUGGAAUGAAAGCAGUGUUCAAAAUAUCGCGUUACUUUUACCUAACUCAAUUUAAAAAUACCAAUUUAAUCCAUCAAAAAUAAGUAUCAACCAACUGUUAAGUUAAAAUAAUAUGCACAAACCAUGUCGCCUCUCAAAAAAUAUCAAAAUUGUAGAAAAUACCUGGAAAAGGAUUAUAUUAUGAAAUUAAUUUUUGAUCCUCAUUAUUUAUGGCCAGUAUGUAUUGUUUUGUUGGUAUUCGAGUUCCUGUUAAAUUUCAUGAUAAUUAAUAGAGUAAAAUACACAGAAAUCGAUUGGAUUGCUUAUAUGCAAGAGGUUGAAGGAUUUCUUAAUGGCACAUUGGAUUACAAGGAAUUAAAAGGUGAUACAGGACCUUUGGUGUAUCCUGCAGGAUUUGUGUACAUUUACACACUUUUCUACUAUGUAACAUCAAAAGGAACUAACAUAUUGCUAGCUCAAUAUAUAUUUUUAUUUUUAUAUUUAAUACAAACAUUUCUAAUUCAGCGAAUAUUUAGAAAAACAAUGAAAAUACCACCAUAUGCUUUAGUUAUAGCAACUUUGACAUCAUAUCGAAUUCAUUCUAUAUUUGUCUUGAGAUUGUUCAAUGAUCCUAUUGCUGUACUUUUGUUUUAUAUUAGUUUAAAUCUCUUCAUGGAUGAUCAAUGGAUGUUGGGUAGCAUUUGUUACUCAAUAGCAGUGUCUGUCAAGAUGAAUAUUUUAUUAUAUGCUCCAUGCCUUCUAUUAGCUUAUUUAGUAAAUUUAACCUAUGUAGAAACUUUCAUUAAUUUAUUUAUUUGUGGUUUCAUUCAACUUCUAUUAGGUCUUCCCUUUUUAUAUGGGAAUUUUGUAUCAUAUAUUAAAGGUAGCUUUGAUUUGGGGCGAGUAUUUGAACAUAAAUGGACUGUAAACUUUCGUUUUCUACCUAGAGAAGUUUUUGAAAAUCGAAUUCUACAUAUAGGUCUUCUUCUUUUACACAUAUUACUUCUGUUGUUGUUUUUGCCACAUUUUAGGAGAUAUUUAACCAGCUAUGCUAAACUUAAUGUGGUGACUAAAGAAUAUAGACUGCAUUUAUUAAAAGAAAAACAAGAGACUGAAGAAAAAGAAAAGAAGGAGAUGAAAAAAAUGUCGAAAGGCCAAAAAGCUUUCCUCAAAUCUUUCGAGAAUCAAUUAAAAGAUAGUGGAAGAGUAAAAGAAGAGAAUGAUUCUAAGUUUGAAGAUAAGCUUUCUAAAAUAGCUCAAUUGUUUGUACUUCCAUUUUUUGUUUCCAAUUUAAUAGGAGUUGCUUGUGCUAGAUCUUUGCAUUAUCAGUUCUAUAGCUGGUAUUUUCAUAGUUUGUUAUAUUUGGUCUUCUCUACAGAAUAUACUGUACAGUAUAAAUUUUUGAUCUUGGCAUUGAUAGAAUAUUGCUGGAAUGUUUACCCAAGUACAAAUUUUUCAAGUGGCUUGCUACAUUGUUGUCAUGUUGUCUUGUUAUUUGGAGUUUACAGGACAAUGAAGAAAUAAAUCAGUGGUAAUGAACAAAAUUAAGUUUUUAUAAUUUAUAUGGCAUAAAUGUUGUACCACAGUGUUGUCAAGUUGUUAAAAAGUGUUUAUUUAUUUUAAAAAUCUUUUUCCUUGGUAUCAAUAUAUAAACAAUUUAAUUAUAUGGUUGUUUUUGGGAUUUUUUAAUAUGAUUUACAAAAAUUAUUACUUAAUUGAUGUGUAAAUUUGUAAAUAUAGAUAUUUAUUUUUAUCUGAGAAAACAAUAAAAGAUAUAAACACAA